AUGUUAGUUCCAUAUUUUGAAAUGGUUUCCUUUAUUGGAUUGAUUUCAAUGAUGUAUACUUGCUUAAGUUUAGUGUUAUUGGGUUACAUGCUAAUAAUUUUACUCAAUUAUCGUUUACAAUCGAGCUUCUCUUUGAUAGUGCAAGUUUUGAGAGCUUUAAUUAAGCUCUUUUUAUCAAUUUUAUACAUGCCAAUAAUGGAUUUAUUUUUUUCAAUCUUAGCAUGUGAUGAAAAUGAAAAAGGAAAUUCAGUUCAUUAAUUAUAUUCAGAUAUCAAUUGUUGGGAAGGAACACAUAUAGUUCAUGGUAUUGUUUCAAUAUUUGGUAUUUUAUUUUUUUAUCUUUUUUGUAUCACAUUUGCACUUCUAUAUUAUGAACCUCGUUUUUUACCAAUGAACCCAUAAUCAAAAAAAAAUGGUAGAUAUUUAGCUAUAUUUUUAACUUAUGAACUUGUAAUGAUAAUUUGUUAUACCUUCAUAGUUGAGAAAUAAUAUGAUUAUCUAUUUAUUUUGAUAAUAGGAAUUGGAAGUUUUUUGGUUUUUUGGAAAAUGCAUGUUGAAAAUCCUCAUAACAAUAAAUAUAUAGCUAAAGCAUGGUCUAUUUUAUCUGCAGUCAACAUGUGGGGUGUUAUUCUAUUAUGUUUUGCCAAAUUUCUAGAAGGACAAUUAUUUUUUGGAACAAUUUAUGCUUGGUUAUUUGGUCUACCUUUCAUGACUGCAGCAGUAUUGAAAUCAGAUAAAUUAAAUUAUGAAUUGUUAUUAACUAAUUUAAAUAAAGUAUCUGAUCCUUAAGAAGUUCUUAAUUUAACAGAUUAUCUAAUUAAAUUGCAUAAAGCUUAAGACACUGAUUCAUAAUUAAUGAUUGAUGGUUUUCUUGAAAUACAUAGAGCUACUUGUGCUAAAGAAGAUUGUUAUUUAAAAUAAAAACGAUGUCAAAAUCAAAGAAUUUAAAAGUCUUUUUUUAAAGAUCAAACUUUAUCAGAAAGAGAUAUUGACAUAUUAAUGGUUUUAGGUUAAAUCUAUUUUAAUUAAAUUAAAAAGUUUCCAAAUGAAAUAUCCUUAAGAAUAAGAUAUUCGUUAUUUCUUUUUGAUCUUAUGAAAUAAAGAUAAUAAGCCAUAAAUGAAUUACUUUAAGCAGAAUAAUAGUGUCCAAGUUUUGAUUAAGAAUUCAUAAUUUAUAGAUAUAAAUAGAUUAUAGAAUUUGAGAUGAAUUUAGCAUAAAAUGAAAAUACAAAUGGUAAUUUAGAUGUUGCAACAGAAUUAACAUUUUAAAAUAAUAUGAGAUAAUUUUAAAAUAAAAUAGAGAGAGCAACAUUAAUGCAUAUGGAUUUUUGGUCAUAAUUAUAAGAAGAUUAACCUGAUUUAGGUAAAAUGAAUGAAAUUGGAUCUAAAAUUAAUUAAGCUAUUAUUUAAGUUGAAGAAUUAUGGAAUAAAAUGUAAAAAAUGACAUAAAAUUUACCUAAAGCUAUGAGAUUAUAUGCUAAAUUUAUUAUUGAAGUAUUAUAAGAUAAAGAUUAUGGAGAAGAAUUAUUAGAUAAAUCUAAAAAAUUAUAAUAGCAAAAUCUAAAAAUAAGAAAUUAAUAAAUGAUUUAACUUUUGAAUAAUGAAGAUUUAUGUUAUGAAUCAAAUGCUAUUAUAAUGGUAUCUACAGCUCCAGAAAAAUUCGCUUAAAUUAUUAAUAUAAAUCUCUCAUGUUGUAAUCUCUUUGGAUAUAUUAAAUCUGAGAUGAUCAAUCGUAAAAUUAAUAUAUUUAUGCCAAGCUUAUAUUCUAAAUUUCAUGAUUCAUAUUUUGAUAGGUUUAUGUAAACAAAUGAUAAUAAAAAUAUUAAUAAAGAAAGAUUAAUAUUUGUAAAAUUGAAAUCUAAUUAUAUUACUCCUUGUUUUUUAACACUUAAGAUUAUUUAAUCACAAGAUGAUAAUUUAUAAUUGGCUGCUCAAUUUAGACCAACCAAGUGUUUUAAACCAACUUGUUACUUAAUAGUAGAUGCUGAUGAAUUAAUUGAUUGUGUAUCUGCAUCAUGUAUACCUAUAUUAAAUCUUGAUUAUAAAUCAAUAUCACAUAGAAAGAUAAUGUUGACAGACCUUUUUCCAAAUUUUAGUUAAUCAAAAUAAUAAUAUUUAAGUAAAAAUGGUGGAAUUCUACAUUAUAAGCCAUCUGACUAAUAAAUCAGUAAUAAAAUAAUUAAGGAUGAAAAAGAGGAAUCUGAAAUUUUCUUUAAUUGUUAUAUGAAUGAAAUAAUAAAUGAUACUAAUGGAAUAUUAGCAGGAUAUGUGAUUAGAUUAGAAAUUAAUUGGAAUGAAAAGAGUAUAAAUUAAGAACUUAAUGUACAUCAUCAUUAAAAUAACAAUGGUUUAAGUUUAUAAUUUAGAUUUAAUCUUCGAUUGGCAAUUUAUUAGGGUGAAUUUGUUGCUGAAUUGAAUUCUUAAAGAGUUGAUUAAACAGUAAUUUGGGAUUAAGUUGAUCUCUCUUCUAUGAUUUCAUCAAAUCAAUUAGAAAUACAAAAUUCUGGAAUCUAAAAAUAUUUAAUUAGAGCUGAUAAUAAUGAUUAAUAAAAGAAUUAGAUAAAUUAUGGAGAAGGAAUUGUAAUAGUGAGAUUAUUUGAGAAUAGAAUUUAAGAUAUAAAUGAUCAAGAUAUAAUUUCAGAUGAAGAGAAUGAAGGUAAGAAUAGUGUAUUUGAAAGAAAUCAGAAUUAAGAUUAGGAGAUAAAAGGAUAAUUAGAAAUAAAUGAGAAGAAUAAUAUAUUUAGAUCUAGAAAACAUUUAUCUUAAAUUAUUAAUAAUUAUUAGAUUCCUAAAGUGAUUACAAAAGUAAAUUGGACUGCAAAUAUAUUAGCUAUUAUCUUAAUUGUAUUAUCAUUCACAGAUUUUUUCAUUAUUUAUGAUUAAUAUGAGGAUAUUUAUAAAACUAUAGUAUUAGUAAAAAAUCAAAAUUAAAGAAAUGCUGAACUUUAAACAAUUACUACAAGUAUUUAAAAUUUGUUGAUGUUGAAUAUGGAUGUUUGGGAUUUUACUAAUAAAUAGGAAUAAUUAGAAUAUGAAAAUUUAUGGAAGAAGAAACUUAAUUAAUCAAUAAAUAAUAUUGAUAGUUUGAAUAAAGAAUUAAUGUUAACAGAUGUGAAUUUGAGUAAUGAAAUUAUGGAAAUGAUGAAUACUGAUGUUGUAAAUAUGAGAUCAAGUGAUGGUAGUUCAUAAAUGUUUGAUUUAUCUGAAGCAAUAUAAUAAUUAUUGAGUAAAUCAAUAAUUAUUAAAGAUAAACCAAUAUCUUAAAUUAGUUUAGAAGAUGGUGAUGUCAAUUUUGUAUUGUUUAAUUCUUUAAAUAGUUUGAUAUUUUAAUUAAGAGCCUUUUCUACAUUAUAUGCAAAUGAAUUGAGAAUUAAAUCAGAGAAUAAUAAAGAUACUUUCUUAUUAAUAUUAAGUAUUUCAGCUGCUGCUCUUGGUGUUGGUUUAUUUAUAUUAUUAAUAGCAAUAGUUUCUGUAAAUAAAACUUAAGAGGAAAUGUUAGCUAUAUUUAUAGAUUUACCAGAUAAAACUACAAAAUAUUUAUUUAAUAAAGCUGAAAAUUUUAUCUCUAAUUUAUAAAUGGGAGAAGAUGAUGAUUUAAUAUCAGAAAUGGAUGAAUUAGAAAGAGAUGGACAAGAUGAAUUGAAUAAAUCACUAAAAGCUAAAAGAAAGAGAAGAAAAUAUAAAAAUACAAAUAAAGAACAACGUAAUUUUAUUUUAGGAAUUUUAAUAUUUAUUCUAAUAGCUUAAAUCUAUUUUGCAUUAAAUUAUCUAUUGAGUAAAACAUUUUUGACAGACUUAAAUUAAAUGAUACCUGAAAUUAAUGCUACUGCUAGAGCUGAAAGUUUCUAUAGAUUUGUAGAUAUAAGUGAAAGAUCUUUAUUUUUAGAUCGUAAUCAAACAAUCAUGAAUUAAGAUGCAUAUGAAAUUGUCAAAAAUAAUCUAAAUGGUUUAUAUAGCUUAGAUUCAUCUAUUCAUUAAGAACAUGCAUUAAAUGUUGAAAUCACUAGUUAAAUAUACUUAGAUUCUUUUAAAUAAAUAUUCAUGGAAUAACCAUGUACAAUAAUAUCAAAUUUUUUAAAUGAAAUUACUGAAUAAGAAUGUCAAGUAUUUGCUGAUGGAGCAAUCUAUUAAGGAAUGGCUGUUGGAAUUUCAAGAUAUUUUGAGAAUCUUAGAUACAUAAUAACAAUUUAUGAUUAAUUUUGGGGAAAUCCUAAUGUAAAUUUUACUUCAUUAGCACGAGGCUUUGGAAAAUUUAAGAACAUAACCAAGGACAAUGACAAUGUAAGAAAUUUCAUCUUAAAUCUAAAUAACUUUAAUUAAACAAAAGAAGCUCGGGAAAUUUAAGAUAGUUACAACAGAGGAGCAUUUAGAUUUCUUGUUUCUUCUAUGAUUGAAGGAAUUAGAUAAGAUAUGGAAAGUCAUAAAACUUAAAUACUUGGACUCUUUAUUGUUUUUGAAGGAUUACUUUUAAUGGCAUACUUUCUUAUGUGGUUGCCAUUAGUAGCCAAGUUAACAAAAGAUAUAUGGAGAACCAGAUCAAUGAUUCUAAUGAUUCCACUUGGUGUCAUUCAAAGUAUUAAAUCUAUAAAGACAUUUAUCAAAAUGAACAUUCAAAUCAAUGAUGUUGAUGUUUGA